CUCUCCCUCCACCUAAAUUAAAGUAGACAGCUGGUCAUUUAGUCCUAGAGACUCAUGUUACUGGUAACACAAUCCUGCUGUGGGGAGAGAGAGAGGAAGCAGCUGCAGGGAUUUGGAGGUCUGUACUGAGAGGAAGGCAGGAGAAUCUGUGGGCUCUGAAGAAAAAAAAAUACAAACCCAUAAAUAAACACACAAAGCCGCUGUCAGCUGAGCAGCGGGAGUGUCGGAAUAGCGAGAGAAAGUUAAGAAAAAAGAAAGAAAAGAAAGGAGCAAACAAGGGAGGAAGUUGAGAAAGAGAAAAGGCCAGAGAGGGAGGAGUGGAGGACUGGAGCUGAGGAGGGAGGAUGCUGUGGAACAAGGCUCCGUUUAAACUGCUGCUCUGCGCUGCACUAUGCUGCUUCAUUGCUGGGACGGUGCUGGCGAGUUUCUACAUCACCUUCCAGUACAGGAAGAAGGGGUUCAGGAGCCCCCAUGGCACCAUCCAGAGGGGCACAGCAACAACGAUGUGUCAGAGCUGCAGAGAGGAGGACGCUGUCAGGAGGAGAGUGCUGCAGUUAGAGGCGCGAGGGUGGGAGAGACGGGAGGAGUCUUAUCAGAAGCUCAGGUCGGGGCUGUCGAGGGAUUGCCGCGGCACCUCUGAGGCUGUCAUGAGCCAGGAGAACACGCCGCUUGGGUCGAAAGUGAUUUACGACGGGGAGAAGCACAGACACAUCGAGAUCGACCAGAAGAUAUUCAGCACCUUCCCCCAGGAGUCCCCUGUCGGGAACGUCACCUUCGCUUCCUGCGCUGUGAUCGGGAACGGCGGGAUCCUAUUGGACAGCGGCUGCGGAGAGGAGAUCGACCGGGCCGACUUCGUAGUCAGGUGUAAUCUGCCCCCGGUGGACGGGAGGUAUUACAGCGACGUGGGAAACAAGACGGACCUGGUCACCGCCAAUCCCAGCAUCCUCCUGGAGAAAUUCGCUGCUCUGUCUGAGCGGAGGAGGCCCUUUGUGGACUGCGUUUCCCGCUAUGGCGUGGGCACGAUGCUGGCACUGCCUGCCUUCUCAUACGGGCGCAACACGCCGCUGUCCCUGCGGGCCCUCUACACGCUGCAGGACUUCGGGACCCCGGCGCGGCCCGUCUUUUUGAACCCACGGUACCUGGGCAGCCUGGCUAGGUUCUGGAGGGCCCGCGGGCUCCGGGCUCUCCGCCUCAGCACCGGGCUCAUGGUAACCAGCCUGGCGCUGGAGCUCUGCAGCUCGGUCCGGCUCUACGGAUUCUGGCCCUUCGACCACGGCCCCGACGGCUCCCCGCUGAGGCACCAUUACUACGAUGACCAGCGCUCCCCGACCAGCGUCCACGCCAUGCCAGCCGAGUUUAGCCAACUGCUGGGGCUGCAUGGGCAGGGCGUGCUGAGGAUACAGCUGAGGAAGUGCCAGAGAGAGCAGGGAGAGAGGGGGCCAGCCUGACACAAACUAUUAUUUAUUUCUUAGCAGACGCCCUUAUCCAGGGCGACUUACAAUUGUUACAAGAUAUCACAUUAUUUUUACAUACAAUUACCCAUUUAUACAGUUGGGUUUUUACUGGAGCAAUCUAGGUAAAGUACCUUGCUCAAGGGUACAGCAGCAGUGUCCUCCACUGGGGAUUGAACCCACGACCCUCCGGUCAAGAGUCCAGGGCCCUAACCACUACUCCACACUGCUGCCCAAACUAGGCUAGCCUGAGACAAUCUGGGCUAGCCUGACACAACCUGGGCUAGCCUGACACAACCUGGGCUAGCCUGACACAACUUGGACUAGCCUGACACAAACUAGGCUAGUCUGAGACAACCUGGGCUAGCCUGAGACAACCUGGGCUAGCCUGACACAACCUUGACUAGCUUGAGACAACCUGGGCUAGCCUGACACAACCUGGGCUAGCCUGAGACAACCUGGGCUAGCCUGAGACAACCUGGGCUAGCCUGAGACAACCUGGGCUAGCCUGACACAACCUGGGCUAGCCUGAGACAACCUGGGCUAGCCUGACACAACCUGGGCUAGCCUGAGACAACCUGGGCUAGCCUGACACAACCUGGGCUAGCCUGACACAACCUGGGCUAGCCUGAGACAACCUGGGCUAGCCUGACACAACCUGGGCUAGCCUGACACAACCUGGGCUAGCCUGACACAACCUGGGCUAGCCUGACACAACCUGGGCUAGCCUGAGACAAUCUGGGCUAGCCUGAGACAAUCUGGGCUAGCCUGACACAACCCAGGUUCGGUUGGUUGAUCCCUGGAGCCCGCAUUACCCUUCAGUCAUCAACACACCGUCAAUAGAAAACCUAUUAUUGAGGUGAAACAACAAAACAUCCAAGUCAAGUUAGUAAAGUUUUAAGUGAACUGCAAAAGGUAUCAGUUGAAACGUUUGUCUUCAUACAGUUACAUUUCUGAUAAUCUUACUGUUGUAAGUUUCUAAUGUUUUUUUAUUGGUCUUUUUUUCAAUAUAGUUCAAUAUGGUCUAAUAUGUUUUAAAAUAAAUACAACUGUUGUGUUUUUACAAAUUAUAUGUUGUAAUAAAAAUAUUAUUUUUUAAAUACUUUA